GUGGAUACGCCCCUGGGUGCACGAAUCCGCGCGUGCUUAAUCUUUGCGACUGUCACAUUCUGUCAAGCCCGGUUGUCAGCCUAUGCUCAUCAGCCAUGCUGUGUCUAACUGUAAAAAAUAACUUUUAGCCAUUAAGUGUCACUUGGUGCAGGUCCAAACUAGUAGAUAAAAAACGGUGGCUUGCAAUCGCGAUCAAACAUGUACCGUAUCUUUCCCGAUCUAAUAACCGAUACGGGUGUGUCUACGCGCGUGUUCCGAUACGUGAUCAAGUAUGUCAGUCAGUUUGUAAAAGUGCAAGCUUGUAGCUGUACCAAACAUUAGGUUACCAACAAACAGUAUAUUUCCUAACGAUGUCAGCUGACAUCCUGCAGGAUAAGAGCGUAGCCUUGAACGGCAAGAAUGACGUACCGGUAGUCUCGCAACCCAUUACCAGGGGUGGACUUAGAGUUUACAAGAUUGUUGUUUUGGGCGAUGGUGGUGUUGGUAAAUCAGCUGUCACAUUACAAUUUGUCAGUCAUAGCUUUCUUGAUUAUCAUGAUCCAACUAUAGAGGAUUCAUAUCAGCAACAAGCAGUUAUAGAUGGUGAAGCUGCACUUUUAGAUAUAUUGGACACUGCAGGCCAGGUGGAGUUUACAGCUAUGCGUGACCAGUAUAUGAGAUGUGGAGAGGGUUUUAUGAUAUGUUACUCUGUAACUGAUAGACAUAGCUUUCAGGAAGCUUUGGAAUAUCGAAAAUUGAUAACACGUGUGAGAGCUAAUGAAGAUAUCCCAUUGGUAUUAGUUGGUAACAAAUUUGACUUGCAACAUCAGCGAAAGGUAACUACAGAAGAAGGAAAGGCACUUGCUGAGCAGCUUGGUUGCCCUUUUUAUGAAACAUCUGCAGCUCUUAGACAGUUUAUAGAUGAUGCAUUUUAUUCAUUAGUCAGACAAAUUCGAGCUAAAGAAAGAUCAAGAAAUUCGGUACGUAAACACAGUCGUUGGUGGCGGCUGCGUUCAAUUCUUGCCUUUAUAUUUAGAAGGAAGCAAAGACAUGUCAAUAGUCAUCAUUAUUCCCCUUAAUCGACGUAUUUGCAUAGAUAUCUUUUUGAUAGCGUUUGUUUUAAAUUAACAAAUUAUGGCAACAUAAACAGUUUGGAAUUCUACAGAUUACACAACGAACAAAAUUUUUUAUGCUUCUUUUAUAUUUUAUAACAGUCCUUCAAUUUAGGGAUUAAUUCACUAAUAUCUCACUGCCUCAUCUUUAACCCCAUUAUAUUUUAAAUGUAGUAAUGGAAACAUGAAAUAUAGACUGCAGUUCAUUAUUUUUAUUAUAAACUUUACACUAAUAGCUUCUAUUACAUUGAGAAGCUAUGUAAAAACUUAUAUAAAAAAAAGUCAAACAUGAGAUAAUACAAGCAACAAGAAUGUGAUCUCUUAAAAAAGUUUCAAUAUAACAGUAACAAGAUGUCCAUAACUCUGUUCCCAAGGUCGCUAGUUUCUUCAUUAUUAUUUAUUAAAAAAGGCUAUUAAUAUUAUUUACAAUAUAUUAUCUUAUCAGGAACAAUAACUAAUAACCGUAAUUUAAGGCCUAAUUAUAUUUGGAGUAUCUUACUUUUGUUUUUUUAAAUUAAUAUAAUUGCAGUUUUUAUUUAAUAUUUUCUUUCCAUUUAAAAUUUUGAUUAUUGUUUUAUAACUACUAUUUUAUAUGACCAAAGAAUUUGAUAUUUCAUACUACAUGAAAUAUUAAAUGAAAAUUUGUAAAUGCAGAAUAUAUAGUAUAUGUGAGAUGAAUAGAAAGUUUUGUAAUGCUAAAUAAUUGUUAUAUUAUGACAAUUAGUCGUAUAAAGUUAAACUAAAAUUUAUUUAUACCAAUUUAAUUAUCUAUAGAAAAAAAUGAAAAUUAGGAAUGGUUUUAUAUCGAAUUAAAUUAUUACAAAGUAUACGAAAGUUAUAAUGAUUUGUAAAGUUUACAAAUGUUAUUUGAUGAAAUCGCACAAAGUGAACAAUUUUUAAAACGAUAUUUUCCAAUCAAAAAGAGUAUUUACACAAAUAUAUUUUUACUUUUAAGAAUUGACGAGAUAAUACUAGUAAUGUAUUUGAUUACAUAGUAGGUCAACAAAAUUUUAUGUUCAUAGACUACUAAUACUUUUCCUCCAAGUUUGAGUUCUAGAAACUUCGAGUAGUAAAUCCACGCUGUGGGGAGCGUUCUUUCGUCUUCGGUAAAAGAGAUUUAGUCAUAUGUUCUCGAUUCUUCUCUGCUGGUUUUAUGAUGGUAUGGACGCUAGGAGCACUACUUUCACUACCUGUCUGUUGUGAUGGAAUGUCCAAUUGGCAAUGCGUCCAACUAUAGAAAUAAUAAUUGCGCAAAAUCUCGGGUUGAUAUACGUCUAGGUAAUGAAUAUUUUAUGUAUUCAUAAGAAAACUUAGGAUUGUUUUGUUUUCUGUUAUCUUUCGGCAUAGUAGGAUGUGUCAACACAUGUGGAAUUAUUGACAACUACUACUUAAACAUAACUCCGUUACUUUCAUUGAGGAUGAUUUUUUGUAUUUUCCUUACAGUGCCAUAUCUUUCAAAGCUGAUUUGAAAAAUCCGUUUCACAUGCUUACAGUCAUCAUUCUGUUAAGGUACUCUAUUAUUAUAGAAUACCUUAAUGAUCAUAUAGGUAAUUCUCCAUCAUAAUUGUAAUUUUUUCACAUUUGCCACACUUAUGCCAUCCAGAAAAUAUUUUUAAUAUAUUUUGUUGCCGAAUUAAAGUUCUCUACCUUCAUACUUGGCAUGUAGAGCACCAUUAUCUUGUGGAAAAUUAUUCCUAUCCUAACUAAAUGAUUACCAAUGAAUAUCACAUAGAGGCUAGUUUCUCUUUCUCUAUAUACUGUGGCAUCAUCAUCAAUACUGAUGCAAGAUCUCAGAUAGAUUUUGUAUCUCCAUGUCUGUUACAUAGAGCUCCAUUAUCCUGUAGAAAAUCAUUCCUAUUCACCAAAUAAUUUUAUCAAUGUGUUUUAUAUGGACACAUUUCAUAGUAUACUACGACUCUGCCAUUAACAAAAAUGAUCCAACAUAUAAUUAAUAGAUUCUAUUUUGAUGAGUAAAAAGAAUAUAAUACAGAGUUUAUGCAAAUCGCCAAAGUUUAUUUAAAAAGUAAAAAUGCGAGUAGAAUACUCUUUGAUAUUCGUCCACGCUGAUUGCGUGAAGAAUAAAAGAGUAACUUAUUCGUUGAAAUUACAAAAAUAUUGGUGCUCGCUAGUAAGAGUUAAUUUAUCGUACCCCCAAGUGUCUUCGCUUUCUCUUGUUAGAGCCAAAGGUAAUAAGGCAUGUGGUGUCUGCUCCUAGCGUUCAAAUUUCACGUUUUCUUACAUUAUUUAUUAAAGCUUUUAAUUCUCGUGCAGCUUAAGAAUACGUGAUUUCUUUUUUAGUGCAUGUAUAUUAUAAAUCAAUUACGUUUAGUUAUAAAUUAAUAGAAUUAUAAUAUACACUAGAACCUCGUUUAUACAGGCAGGUCGGAGGAUAAGGCGGUUCAAAUAACAGAGUAGUUUCGAUAAUAGUUCAUUAUACCUUUGUAUACACAUACAUAAUUCGAAUAUUAAGAUUUAACCGUUAAGAUUUCAACUGUUUCUUCUUUGACAUAUUUUGUAUAAAUGCAAAUGAUCACAUAUAUUAAUAUAUUCGCUAUAAGAAUAUGUGUUUGUACAUGUACAAUUUGGCGUAGUUCGAUUAAUAGGGACUCAGCAUUAACUUGUUCGCAUAACGAGGUUCUAUUGUUCUUUAUAUAGUUGCCAGAUAAUAGAACCAAUCUAUAAUAGCAUACAGUCAAGACAUUAAAAAAAAUUGUUAAAUGUAUAUUUAUAUGUAUAUUAAACGUCUAGUCGUUACUUAAUGUUUCCUAGUCAAGUCUUGCAUUUUGUUAAACAUGCAAUAAUUUACAAUUUACAGACGCAGUUACGAAUUUUGAUUGCAGUUUAAAGUGAUCAUUUAUAUGUAUUUAUCAUAUCAUAUAAAUAUUUAUACAUGUUGGUAUUAUAUUUGUUAUAACAUUUUAUAAACAGUUUACUAAUAGGGAACAUAAUUAUUAAUAUUUAAUCCAUCUUAUUAGCUAACAUAACAAAUCUGACUAUUUCAUUUUAUAGAACAAGUACAAAGUAUUAUUGUCAAAUCUGAUAAUCAACUACAUCAACACUAGCUUUGUACUGAUACAGUAGAAAAUAUUAAUAAAUAUAAAUUACUUGUAUGUAACAAUUGAACAUACAAUACAAAAUCUGUGUAAUUUAUGUACUGUGUAAAAUGUGUUUAAUCUUUAAAACUUUAUAAUAAUAAAAGGAGAGUAUUUAUCUGUUUUAGUUA